CUGCCCCGCCCCGCCCCGCCGCGUGAGGCGUGCGCGCGCGCGCGUGGCGGCCGCGGCGGGAUGUUCGUGGCGCGCAGCAUCGCCGCGGAUCACCGCGACCUCAUCCACGAUGUGUCCUUCGACUUCCACGGGCGCCGCAUGGCCACCUGCUCCAGCGACCAGAGCGUCAAGGUCUGGGACAAAAGUGAAAAUGGAGAUUGGCAUUGCACUGCCAGCUGGAAGACACAUAGUGGAUCAGUGUGGCGUGUGACAUGGGCCCAUCCUGAAUUUGGGCAGGUCCUGGCUUCUUGCUCCUUUGAUAGAACAGCAGCUGUAUGGGAAGAAAUAGUGGGAGAGUCAAAUGAUAAACUCCGAGGCCAGAGUCACUGGGUCAAGAGGACCACUCUAGUAGACAGUAGAACAUCUGUUACAGACGUGAAGUUUGCUCCCAAGCACAUGGGUCUUAUGUUAGCAACCUGUUCAGCAGAUGGAGUUGUAAGGAUCUAUGAAGCUCCAGAUGUGAUGAAUCUCAGCCAGUGGUCACUGCAGCAUGAAAUCUCAUGUAAGCUCAGCUGCAGUUGUAUUUCUUGGAAUCCCUCAAGCUCUCGAGCACAUUCUCCAAUGAUCGCUGUAGGAAGUGAUGACAACAGUCCAAAUAUACUGGCUAAGGUUCAAAUUUAUGAAUAUAAUGAAAAUACUAGGAAAUAUGCAAAAGCAGAAGCUCUGAUGACAGUCACAGAUCCUGUACAUGAUAUUGCGUUUGCUCCAAAUCUGGGAAGAUCCUUCCACAUCUUGGCUGUAGCAACCAAAGACGUACGAAUUUUCACACUAAAACCUCUAAGGAAAGAAUUGACUUCAUCAGGAGGAUUAACAAAAUUUGAAAUUCAUAUUGUGGCACAGUUUGAUAAUCACAACUCCCAGGUGUGGCGAGUGAGCUGGAAUAUUACGGGCACAGUGCUUGCCUCCUCUGGUGAUGAUGGCUGUGUUAGGCUCUGGAAGGCUAAUUACAUGGACAACUGGAAGUGUACUGGUAUACUGAAAGGUAAUGGGAGCCCAGUGAAUGGUAGUUCUCAGCAGGGAAUUUUUAAUGCCUCUCUAGGUUCAGCCAAUACAAGUCUGCAGAAUUCACUAAAUGGAUCAUCUGCCAGCAGGUAUUUCUUUCCCCCUCUGGAUUCCCCACGGGCUGGAUCGAGAUGGUCCAGUCAUGCCCAGCUCCUUCCUCCUCCUCCUCUGAUAGAGCAGUCUUGUGAUGCUGACACUGCCAACCUCCAGUAUCCUCACCCUCGCAGACGAUGUGUAUCUCGGCCUCUUAAUCUUUUACCUGAGAAUGAAGGGGUUUAAUAUGUUAUUUUAAAUAAAUUCUGAAGGGCCUUACUCCAGUGUUUGUGAAUGCUUCCAUUUCUGGCUACCUUUGUAGUCCUUCUCUGGUACAAAAGACUUUUUUAAGAAUGUGGGAACUUCAUGCAUGUUUUGUGAAACAAAAAAAAAUUUAGAACAUGUUAUUUGUGUAUCCAAGACCAUUAUUUUAAUUUGUACCCUUUGAAUUUUGGGAACAUGUAUAAACAGUAUUAGCCACAAGCUCUUUAUGGAGUAGAUGACUUCAAUGUGCCUGGGGUUUUUUUCUUUUUUUUUUUUCUUCUCCUUUUUGAAUCCAUUUAGUAUGGUCUUUAAUUUUUUCUUUUUGUGUACUGCAUUUAUGUGUGAAACACAUUCUCAGAAUUGGACAUACCUUCAAAACACUUCUGAGUGAAGAAUGAUGUCAGAUCAGCUUGUUAAAGAAACAAAACCGUUCCUGUGUAUACUGCAGCAAAAUAACUUGGAGUGUUUAGUUACUUAAGGUUUUUCCAUCUUGCUAUAUAAAUAUUUAAAUUUUAUAAUUGUGGUUGACUAAUAAACUUGUUCUGAAAGGUC